AUGGAGCCGUUUCAUACCACUUUCACGGCCAAGAGGCGAGAUGGGUCGUAUAUUACGACGAUAAACCCGCACACUAAGGCGGAGACCAACCACCACCACCUCUAUAUCGCUCCGAGCCAGGCGGCUCUAGAAAUGACAGCCCGUCAUUAA